AUGCAGCUCGUUCUGGUGGGGCACGAAGGCGGGGUCUUAUGCGUGGGGAUCGGGAGCGUGGAGGGACGAGCCGUCGUGUCUGGCUCGAGGGAUCGGACCCUCAUUAAAUGGAGUUUAGACACUGGAGAGGAACUGCUCAUCAUGAGGCAGCAUCUGGAUGAUGUCACUGCGCUGGCUAUCACGGCCGACGGAUCUCUCGCCGUCUCGGGGUCGCUGGAUGGGACCGUUUGCGCGUGGAACUUGAACGACGGGAGUCUUCUGUCGCAGAUGGGGCUGGGGAGUCCCAUCGAUGGCCUCCUCUGUUCCACGGAUGCAUCCGCCAUUUGCGUGAAACUGGAAUUUUGUAACACGGCUCCCAUCCUCUGUCUGCACAACACCCCGGCGUCUCGCAUCCAGCCCGUCCCCGUCAACGUCUUGCCCCCCGGUCCCGACUCUUUGCGCUUUCGUUUUCGUGGCAACUACAUGCAGGGUUCGGCCAUGGAGUUGCGAAAUGCGGUGAAGAAGAAACCGAUGAUGAGGAAGGAGUUCUCCCUCGACACCUACACGUGGCAGAAGAAAUAUGGGCGUCUCCUGAGCCGGGAACUCCCUCGACUCGGUUCCACGUCUAGUCUCGACGAGGUCACGUCGGUCGGCGAAGAAGAUCCCGGAAAGAUCAUCUUAAGCCUUCAAUGUGGCCAAAAGAAGGGGAGCUGGGGCUCUGUGUUUCAAUCCAGAUCGUCCUCUCUGGCAAAGCUCCCCAUGAAGCGUGAAGACACACGAGAUUCGAGAGAGACGAACGACGUGAUACACAAGCGCCGGGAACCGGUGGAAUCUCUUGAGAUGGAGAGGAGGCACCAGCAGAGGAAGCUGGCCAAGAAACUUAUUACUCAAAUCACCGGACUGAAGGAAGAUGAUGGAAAUUUCACAGCAUGUGAAGAAUAUGUCCUGCCAAACUGGGAGCAUCACCGCUUCACAUCUGUCAACAGUCACCAAGUGAGACGAGAGGUAGAGGGUUUGAUUGAGCGAUUCAAGAUUGAAGCCAUGUAUGAAGAGGCUGAGGUGCUAGAGAAAUGCUUCAAGGAAUUACUACAGUCCCCAGCAUUUGUCAACCAUGAAGAGGUUGAUCUGCCAUGGUCGGUGCUUCAGUUACUUCUCAUUCUAUGCCAUAAGUCAGCAGAGUUAGGUCUACCUGGGGCAUGCCCUCCUCACCGCACAACACGAUUGAAAGGAGGAGAAAGUAUCACCAAGUCUCAACUUGAACGACUGAGCCCCAUCAUGUCCUGUUCUCUGACUCCUCCUGAUGAUACAUUAUCAGAUUGGAGCUCCAUGGAUGAAGAAGAGCAAGAUGAGAAAACCCAUAGAAAAGCAACAGAAUCACAUGAAGAGACUGCCGUUGAAGAAGAAAGACCAAUUGACCCACCAGGUUCUCUUUUAUUCAUUGGUAUUCAACAAGAGAAGUGUGCCACAAGACGUCCCACUCCACCCUGGAUCCAGCAUGAUGGUAUUGUAGCUGUUAAAGAACACCUGCAGUCUCUCCUUCAUCCAAUUGUUUGGAGUGGAAGUGGAGAAUUGUCUGAGGAUCUGCUGGUUUGGGACAUUUUGAAUGCUUUAUCAUCCUGCACUGUGAUGCCUGAGACCUCCUUCCUCAUUCAGCUUGUAGAGUUUGGGAAAUGGGAACUCAAAGCUGGGUACAGCUUUCCCCAUUUGCACAUGGUGAGUACCAAAGUUGUACCAACCUUGCUGUGGGCUGAAGAAGAAUUGCACUCAAUGCUGGGAGACUUGAGGCUCUUGCAUGCCCUACAUGUCAAAGUAUUUCAGAGUGGGCCCCCCUCUUCAUCCAAAACUCUGGAGGCAGUCAGAAUAGAGCCAUCAUGGGCAAAAGGAUUCUCUAUCAAAUCUGGAGUGAUCAAGGCUUUGAAGAAAGAGCUUGGUCCAAAAUGGAGACCACUUUCAUUUAUUCUCCCUCUGGCACCAAAUUUAAUGGCAGCUGGGAAGAGUCAUGCUCUGUUGCGAGAGAUUCGCAGCAAGCAUCCUCAUCGAGCCUACAUUGCAUCGAGUUCACCUCUGACGAUGCUGAAUCUCCAUGAACAACUCAGGACAGAAGUCUACAAUCAGGAUUUGAAAGAAGAGAUUGUGACUGACAGAGAUCAGAAGAAAAAUGAGGAAUGGGAGCUUCGUGUUUCAAUGUGGCAACCAAAGUCAGAGGCCUGGAAGGAGGAAAAUGAUCCUUUUCUUCUCAUGCUGGCAGCAAAGUGCUAUGAGACUAGUAGUUCAGGCCUUUGCCUGAGGGAUCUUAAAAAGAUCCUGGAGGAGAUAAUUCGCAUCCCCAUAGAGAAAGAAUGCGUGAGAGUGUGCCAGAAGCUACACAAGAUACUCCAUGAUCACUUUCGCCUUGGUAUCUGUUUGGAGGCUAUGCAGAAGGUUUUCUUUUGUCAACAUGAACCUCUGGCUCGAGAUUUUGCUGCUCAAAUUUUCUCCAAGAUCAUAAGAAAUGAAGAGGUGAAAGAUGUAGAAGCAACAAGCUGGCUUCGAGACUCUAUCUCCGAAUGGGAGCCUGUUGCAGCUCUUGGCUUCUCAGUUCACCUUCCCGCUGCAAAGUCCCAGUCUGAUCCCUUUACUUACAUUCAAGAGGUCAAGAUCAACUUUGAAGUAGGACUGGAAUGGGGGUUUGUGGAAGGUAGACGAUUAUGUCUUCUUCGUGCUUGGCUCCUCCAUUUUGUCAGCUCAGUUCAUUCUCAUCUCUUCUAUGGUGCUAUCCUCCCCCCAUUACGGCUGUUUCGAGAGAUAUAUGCAUGCACAGAUGACAUCCAAGACACGAUGGAGAGUUGGAAGGAACUAGUAGGAAGAGUGCAUAAGCAGAGUUUGCUUGGUCCAGGCCUGGAUCGGCUGUGCAAAGCAGUGAGAUCGGUUCUGCCCAUCACUCAUCAGUUACGAAGGAUAUGGGGUGGACAUGGAACUAUGGAGGACUUGGUUGCCUUGGAAACUUCAUAUAUGAACCAUCACCAAUUUCUGGCAGCUGCAUUGCAGAGCAUUACCCGCUUGAGAAGUCAUCCUUUCUGU